AUGUGGGCUUUGGAGUACUCUGCAGUUGUUCGUAUGACUCCGGACCUAGGGUUGCAAGCUCCUAGUUUUUGGGCACAUCCAAUGGGUCGUAGUCGGGCAGGCGUAGUAUUCAUUAAUUCUGGAAAUGCCAUGUUGACUUCGUCGUUGAUCAGAUGGGAUUCCCAAGGAUUUCUGGAGGUCAACAAUGUCAUGAGAGGACUGUAUAUCGUCGAUUUGUUGACUGUUGAUCACCCAGGUGAAGGUGCACCUUUUGACAAUUGGUUGUUUUUGAUUUUGGAUGUUCGACACUGCAACGUUGAACUUCCUAACGAUGAGGAAGCAAACUGGCACUGGGAGCAUACAGUUUUAUCAGGUUCAGCUUUCGGAGGGAGUACGCUUUCAAUAUUCGACUCAGCUUACUAUGAACAUCCAGAAACUGAAGCCAUUUCUUUGACUCUUGAGUAUUUGGACACUGGCACAUGGGAUUUUGACGAUAUAUGGAACUUCAAUACAACUUGGAUUGGGGACGAGUGCGAUUGGAACACACGCGUCCGAAGAAGUCCUCAUGCUUUGGCAAGUCACACCGAUCUCGACAGUCGUGAUUUUAACAAUCAUCACUAUCUGAUAAGAAGAUCUGAGGGAGGACAAGCAAUUGGAAUGAGAAUUUUGACAUCUGUUCGGGUUUAUGAUGAUGACUAUAAUGAUGAGUGAUAACCACAAACUCCAAAUUUUUGUAUGUUUUUGUCACGAGCUGGUGUACUUAAGAACUUAAUAGC